GCGCGGCGCUCACAAUGGCUAGAGCCGGCGGCGGGGGCGCAGCCCCACCCAGUGCCGAGCGCGCCGCGAGCCGCGCCGCACGCUGAGCGCCUCCUCCCGCCGAGCGCGCCGGCGCCGGGCCAUGUACUCGGGGAACCGCAGCGGCGGCCAGGGCUUCUGGGAGGGCGGCGGGGCCGCGGGCGCUGAGGAGCCGACCCCGGAGGGGACGCUGAGCCCGGCGCCGCUCUUCAGCCCGAGCGCCUACGAGCGCCUGGCGCUGCUGCUGGGCUCUAUCGGUCUGCUGGGCGUCGCCAACAACCUGCUGGUGCUGGUGCUCUACUACAAGUUCCCUCGGCUCCGCACUCCCACUCACCUCUUCCUGGUCAACAUCAGCCUCAGCGACCUGCUGGUGUCCCUCUUCGGGGUCACCUUUACCUUCGUGUCCUGCCUGAGGAACGGCUGGGUGUGGGACACCGUGGGCUGCGUGUGGGACGGGUUUAGCGGCAGCCUUUUUGGGAUUGUUUCCAUUGCUACCCUAACUGUGCUGGCCUAUGAACGUUACAUUCGUGUGGUCCACGCCAGAGUGAUCAAUUUUUCCUGGGCCUGGAGGGCCAUUACCUACAUCUGGCUCUACUCCCUGGCAUGGGCAGGAGCACCCCUCCUUGGCUGGAACAGGUACAUCCUGGAUGUGCACGGACUAGGCUGCACUGUGGACUGGAAAUCCAAGGACGCCAACGAUUCCUCCUUUGUGCUUUUCUUGUUUCUUGGCUGCCUGGUGGUGCCUGUGGGCGUGGUAGCCCAUUGCUAUGGCCAUAUUCUGUAUUCCAUUCGAAUGCUUCGCUGUGUUGAAGAUCUUCAGACAACACAAGUCAUCAAGAUUUUAAAAUAUGAAAAGAAAGUGGCCAAAAUGUGCUUCUUUAUGAUAUUUACCUUCCUGGUCUGCUGGAUGCCUUAUAUUGUGAUCUGUUUCUUAGUGGUUAAUGGUCAGGGACAUCUGGUCACGCCAACAGUGUCGAUCGUUUCAUAUCUCUUGGCUAAAUCAAACACUGUAUAUAAUCCAGUGAUUUAUAUCUUCAUGCUCAGAAAGUUUCGUAGAUCACUUUUGCAGCUCUUAUGUUUCCGACUGCUGAGAUGCCAGCGACCUGCUAAAGACCUACCAGCAGCGGAGAGUGAAAUGCAGAUCAGACCUAUCGUGAUGUCACAGAAAGACGGGGACAGGCCAAAGAAAAAAGUGACUUUUAACUCUUCUUCCAUCAUUUUUAUCAUCACCAGUGACGAAUCACUAUCAGUUGACAACAGUGACAAAACCAAUGGGUCCAAGGUUGAUGUAAUCCAAGUUCGUCCUUUGUAGGCAAUGAAAGAUGGGGCCUUAGAUUGGAUGCCACUGUGGACUUCUAUUUCCAUUACAAGGCGUAUUCUGGAAGCCUCAUUCUAUGUAACAUCAACAGAACACUGGUGGCCCAGCCAGAAAUGUGAAUUGCCCAUAUGCUCUCUGGCCUCAGGAAGCAAUUGAAUAAGAACAAAUUAUUUCAACUCAACGGGUGCUUUACAUAAUGAAAAACCACUUGUGGCACAAGAUGGGCAUCUGGCACCAUCAUCUUCUAACGUGCUGAAGAUUUUCAUUUCAAAAUUAUUUUUUAAAUGACUAUAUUUUCCAAAGCACAUAAAACAUUUUUCUCAAAAAGACUUCACUGCACAAUUACCUUUGUCUCAUAUAUAUGUGUACAACAGCUAGCAAAUGUUCAAUUUUCUGAGCUGUUGGGCUCUGUAUCUUGUCACAUCAUAUAUCUGGUCUGACCAAAUCAGAUUUAUCAAGGACAUAAUUCUACAAUGAAAAAACAAUAUCAAUCCUCUAACUUUAUCAAAAACAAAAGAUUUGUAUGUACAGUAUGACAAAGGAGAGCGUCCGUUAACAUGCUCCUGACCAAGCUCUAGAAGAUACUACAGAGAAGCAUUAGAGCAAAAGAACAAGAUGAUGAAUUUUAACUUAAUCAUAGUGUAAAAUGAACUAUACAACAGUAGAAGAUGUGCAUGGUGAAGAUGGUGUUGAUAGCACAGUGGUGUCUCCACCUAGUUCAUCUCAAACACAAUCAUGGCAGAAUUAAACUCUCCUUUUGAUAAAUUCCCACAAUUUUGCCAAAAGUUCUGGAUUUGCAGGAAGUGUUAUGAAAUAGCAGACAACAUUUGAAAGUGUUAAUCCUUUUUGUUCAGCAGUCAGUCCACUACAGAGAAGAUGGUCAGUGUUAGUGAAGAGGCCGUUUUCCCAUGGGUCAUUGCUUAGUCUUGCAAGAGACCAGGGUGUGCUACCCCCAAAUAUGCCUCAUUGGCAUACGGAUUAUUCUGAGCUAAAGACAAUGGAGAAACAACAGAUGCAAGACAAUCUCUGCCUGCCCCCAUCUGCCCAAAAGCCAGACAUAAAUUUUGUAACUUCUCCCCUCUACCAGAAAGGGCAAGGUUGAUCACCAGAAAGACCUUUCAAUCAUGAUCAGCCUGGAAACCAGCACCAGAAGAAUCUACAUAACAAACUCCCAAAUACUUCUUUGACUCUCACAAUUCCUUUUCUUUUGUCUUGUCACUUGUCUAAAAAUUUACUGUUCUUUUGGAAGAUGUGUAAGCU